UUCUCACCAAUAUUAUGGAAAGUCAUCGACGGCAAAAAGCCAAUUCCACCGGUGAUAUCUUCACAUUCCCGGCUAUGUCACCCGAUAUAAAGUUUGAGUCCGAGCUAGCUGAUCAGUUAUUCUCCAAUGGCAAACUUCUCCUUCAUGUUUUCCCCGAACAACCUAAAAGUUUCUCCCUUCCUAGAUCCAUGAUCUUAAGUAGAACAAGUAGUAUUAGUAGUAAAAGUUCGCUAAUGUCUUCACGGAGUAAUAGCACAAACAGUCGUGCAAGCAGUAAUAGUAAUAGUAAUAGUAAUAGCAGUUGCACUAGUGCCCGAACAAGCACUAGUGAAACGUCAUCAAGGAGGAAAUUAUCAGCUAUCAAUGCAGUUAAAACAACCAACAGUGGCACUAGAUUUCCUAAUAAGGAAUGUCACACACGAAAUUAUUGUUACAAUUAUGGCCAUUCUCAAAGGUGGCAAUUUAUUGCACCGGUUCCAGUGUUGAACCGGCGCAACUCUUGUAAGAGAAGGAAAGGAAAGAAAGGAAAGCGAGAUGGUGGCGUUAGAAAAGGAUUUUGUCGGAGGUUUUUUGGGUGGCUUGUGUCGACUUGUCAAGAGUGUCAUGCUAUUGAACCCUCUAAAAGAUUGAAAGAAGUCUAGGUUCAAAUCCCACUGCGUCUCUUUUGCUUGAGAUUAACGUGGAAAGCCUCUACCCGCAAUUCAAAUACGCUAAUUUGAUCAGCAAAAGACUGCAUAUAUACUGCAAGGACUAAAAGACCAGCAGUAGGAACAUUACAUGGUGAUCAUACAACUUGUUUCAUUGAGUGAUCAUGAUUUCACUGUAAUUAAGAGAAUUAAAUUGAACAUGGAAAUGAUCAGUCUGCAGGUCUAUGGACUAUGGAUCAAUUUAUACACAUAUAACUAUAUAAGUCAGCCAAAAAAUCCCAAACCCAAAACUUGGAGGGUGACAACGGAGGCCAUGCCCCGAUAGCUAAAUAGAAAAUGUGUUGUCAGUGUGAGUGUGCACGUCGCUAAUAAUCAGCACUCACGUUAUCAAAGACUUGUGCUGAUCAUCGCCUAAUGCUAACUUGUCUGUAAUUCUAAAUGAAUGUAACUUCUAGAAUA